GCAUGGAAUGGGGAAGGGGGAAAUCACCUGGCUCCAGGAAGGGCAAGAGAGCCGGCAACAGCAGCUCCAACAAGCCGAGGCAGCCGCAGCGGGGCCUCGGAGUGGCGCAGCUGGAGAAGAUCAGGAUGCAAAGUGAAAUGGCCGAGGAGUACCUGCACCACCCUCUUGGCCAGUCACCUCCGAUCCACAGAACUGGUAGCUACAACCUGGAAGAUGCGCGGUUGUCUCACUCGCUGCCAUCGUCUCCAUCCUCCUCCUUUCAUGCUAACAUUAGCGUUUCAUCGUCCUACCCAAUUCAUCGUCCAAAUCUUACGAUGACAUAUGGAGAGAGAGUAGGCAUAGGAUAUGGCGAUUUUCAAACGAAUCCCACCAUCAGAUCGCCUGAUUACCACGGAGCUAUCUACGGUUCAGAAGCACAUUACUCCCAUCAGAGCAACGUCACAUUGCCUCUCUUCGAACCUGAGGAAUCCAUUUACUUGAAGAGUCAGCACGAUCUGAAUCAAUCCGCAGAAUCGUCGAACUCAGAUGAUCAACAAGUGGUGGACCUUGAGCUCAAGCUAUGAUCCAAAAUAUGCCCUCUACUACUCCCUCUGAAUCAUGAUUAUUUUUGCCACACAAGACUAAAGGGCUUGCAGUCUUGUGUGUGAUACAUGCAUGGAUCAUAAGAAAAAAGACAUGCACAUGCGCUGUUAUUUAAGAAUUGAUCAGUUACCGAACCAAUCAAAGUACCGGGAUUUGGUUAUGCUGGCUGACUAGUUAAUUUGUACAAUUGUGUGUACUUUGGUAGCAUAAAAUCAGUUCUUUUCACGCCGUGAUGUUGCAACAACAUAUAUGAUAUAUGCAAAUGCAACAUUCCAGCAUUGCUGGGUUCAGAAGAUCAUAGUGGUGCAAGUCUAUACAUCUGGGCACUGCCAUUAUUUUCAGAAUAUUCCUGAUGUGGAGUCAGAAGGAGAAGACACCUUUAACUAGAGUGCUGACGAAUGUUCCAUGAUGUUUCACCGUGUACAUUUGGCACCAUGGAAAGUUGGCAUGCAUGGAGCAGAUUUGUACGGGCUCAUUGCAUGGAGCACCACCCCCUUGGAAU